CUCGUACAUCAACUUCGUUAUCGAUGCUUGCCGUAUUUCCACAAACCUGGCAACAUUUCAGGGACAGCUGACUACCGACCGCCUCAUUCACUCGCGCCGAACUUGUGCUGCCACGGCAGCGAUCAACUCAUACCAUGGGAUGGUCCGACGAAUCGGCUGAGUGAAUCCCAUGUGUUGUUCUGCGAAAGCAGUUUGAUGAAUCUUUGAUGUGUCCACGCGGCAUUUCCUCUUUUGCAAUGUCUUAGCAUGUCCCGAGGUCUUUCAGCCAACUUGCCUUCCCUUCUGUGCGUCUAGUGAGGCUCCCUACUGUCUGUGUUGUGAUCUUCCUUCAUACAAGCUCGACUAUGGCCUCGCUAAUGCCUUCUGUCGUGCCUUGAACUCCCAAUUUCUGUCCCCGUGCUCAAAAUCCAUCUUGCACAUGGCAUUCGAUUCAAGGAAUGUACCACCUCGAAUUGGGCUCAAAGUCCCACUGGGAUGGACAUGCUCGUCCUCGUCCUUCUGCGACGUCUAUGGACGUCGAGCACAUGUCAACAGACAAUGACUACUCGAGAGAAGAUGAUGAUCCGCGACCCCUACACACUCCCUUUGAUCCUCUCAGCAUUCCGCAGGAUGUCUCUCCGCUACAUUCCCCCAACCAUUCGGACGGGUCGACAUUGCUUGAACCUUUGGACAAACCAAUCCGUUUCCUGCAAGAAUUUCGGAGAAUCAAUGCAUUACGACAGCACGUCCAGGAUCUGAGGGUUCGAGUAAGAGACGAAAGAGACCACAUGAAGUUGACAAGGAAGCGCAUGCUCUCUCAGUUGGCCAGGGUUAUGCAGCCUCGGCAAGAUGCAACACAACAGCUGCAGUCCCUACAGCCACUUGUGGAAGAGCUUGACUCGCAAGAAAUCUCCUUUGAAAUUAUGGAAAGCGAUCUUAUACCAGCAGAAUGGAAGCUUAAAGAAGCCGAGCAAAUACUUUACGAAGACAUAUUGGGCAAUGCUGCAAUUGAACGUAGCGACGUGGGUCCUCAUGCAUGGGCGGCAUCUCCGACUUCGCCUGAGUUGCCGUUUACUGAUGAUGUUAUGGAAUUUUUAGCUCGCCAGUCUGAGUAUACUCUGAAAGAACGGCUGUCAGCACUAGAGUCUGCCGAUCGGGGUUUGAGGUCAAAUCUUGAGGAUCUCGAGAGGAAUCACGAGGCGCUUGUUCAAGAUACCAAGAUGCGACUUGCGGCUGGCGUGCCUCUGAGCCUCUAUUCACAGCAACUCAUCGACGAUUACCCCGAUCGACGCGGGGAUCUGUUGAGACAAAUGUCUCUCAUUGCAGAAGCGCAAAAGGCUCUCACAUAUAGGUCGACGAUCGCCAGCGCAUCCAGCACUGCGGUGGACGCCCUCUUUCGUCGUGAUCAAUUUUCCGAUGUUGACACAGACGCGGACAUCCAAAGCGCCAAGUCCAAUGCCGAUGAAACUCUGCGUUUGAUCACUGCAGAUUUCGACAUGCGGCGAGGGGAUGUCUUCCCACUCCUUGCUGAACCCGUGUUGAAUGUUAGUGGAACCUUCGACGCAGCCCAGUCCUGUCCCACAUCUCCAGAUAAUCAAUCUCCAGAUACUGAGGGCGAUGUCGCUGAAAGCUUGAAAAGGAUCAUAUCAAAAUGGAUUCUUCAAUGCGUCAAAUCAUCCUGGCAGUCCUUUAAUCGGUUCGUGUCUGAAGUUGAGGGGUACAUGGAGGGCAAUUUGUCCUAUGAAACAAUCGGGAGAUACAUGCUUCAGACGUGGUUCUCGGAGGAUGUUUCGGUGUCUCAUUUCGAUUCCCGGAAUGAUGUGGAGAGUCUGCGUACCUCCCAGCUGCCUGAUGAUAAGGACAGUUCUCGGUCCGAUGAUGAACAGGCGCACAUGCAGUCGUUAACAAGGGGAUAUAGGUCAAGCAGGUCACUCAUGUUGAGGCCGAGUAGACACAUAUCUCAUAGUCGUGCGAACACUCUUUAAGAAACAUGACAAUUAGAUCCUCGUGCUAUG